AUGCGCGCCUUCAAUACCGCCAUCGUCUCCACACUGCUCGUGGCCAUGUCCCAGAGGGCUUGGUCUCAAGAUUGCGACCUCAUCGACCAACAAGCUUGCUGCUACACCUCCGACGACAGCGGCAGCGACACAACUUACUGCUGCAACGGCUCAAUCGUAGGCAACUUUGGCAGUGGCACUGGCGCAUCAGCCCUCAACGAUCUCAUCUGCUGUCAAGACGAUGGUCGCACAGGUCUCAGUGUCGGUUUGGACUUUACAACCUGUCGCGCUGGUUCUGCCACACCUUUGACCGCCAAGGGAACUGCAGCAAGCUCUGUUGCAGACGCUAUCAAGAGUAUCAGUGCUUCUAGGAGUGCUAGUAGGGAGUCGUUGUUCAGCUCGGCUUCUGCCUCGAGGGCAAGCGCUGCUGCUGCAUCGGCUACAGUAACAAGUGCUGGGGCAUCUAGUACAACCCGUCCGGCCAUAGAUACACGUACUGGCUCAUCUGGUACUAUGAGCUCGUCCAGUGGCCUGACUGCAUCAUCUUCUAGCAGUGUUUCGGGAUCUGAGUCUGAUUCUUCGUCUUCGGCUGCAGCAGCUGGUGCGACUUCUGAUUCUUCUUCUGGCUCAACGACAGCUGCAACUUCUUCUUCUUCUGGCUCGGCGGCAGCGGUCUCUUCUUCUGCAACAAGCACUGGUGGUGUCGCUAUGAUGACCUUGGAUGUCUGGAAUGCUGCAAUGGCUGGUGGCGCCGUCCUCGUCGCAGCUGUGCUGUAG